UCUCUAGUGUUCUCACCCCUCUGCCCCAAGCCCAGUCAUCCUAAAGCUCCCCAGAAGGAGGGAGGGAGGCGCAGGCCAGUCUCCCUCCUGGCUAGACUACACAUCCGCCAGGCCCAGGUGGCUGCCUCCACAAGGGCUGGAGCCCCCAGGCGGGUUCCUCCCCUCCAAGGAGAUGCAGUUUCCUGGGUCCGGAGGGCUUUAGGUGAGGCCCAGCCAGUGGAAGCCCUUCCCUGCCCCGCCCUGGAGGCGGGGACUGCUCACAAAGCUUCCUGUCAGGCCUGAGGCAAACUGGCCGAGAUGGAGGGUUUUUUCCCCUCCUCUGACAUGUGCCUGAGUCGCAGCUGAAAGGAAAUGUGUCAUCGGUGGUUUAGUUUUAAAAGUGGAAAGAAAGCUCGCCGCCGGCCUGACUGACUUUAAUUUUCACACUCUGCACAUCCCGUUGGGUGCUUUGUCAGCUGGGCUUCCAGAAGAGCCGGACACGCAGGGCUCGAACCCUGCCUGGCCCUCAGCCUCUCCACAGCUUUGGUCAGACUGAUUACCAGGUGAGCUUGGCCAUGGAGCCUACAGGAUGUUACUUGCAUGCUGCUCUUCUGGCAACCACCAUCUUUUCCUGGAUUCCCCAAGCCAAAGCAAAGGAUGAGCCCUUCUGGGCUAUCAAUAGUACUGCCUGGGACAGUGUGAUUCAGAAUAAAACAAAUGGGAGCCUCCUAAACCCAGAGACUCCAGAACCAGACACAGUCAAUCCUCCCUACGAGGUGGAGACGAGGACGCCAGAGACCCCACCUCCCUCCCCGUCCUUAGUGCCCCCAUCUGGACGCCAUCUUGACACACCUCCUUCUCCUCUGGAUAGCAGCACUAAGGUCCCGCAGAGCACUGACCACCCGGGGAAGGGUCAGGAUGACGUGCUGAAAAGGGACAUUUGUGAAGAGGGCAACAACAAGAUGGCCAUGCUCAUCUGCUUGGUCAUCAUCGCCGUCCUCUUCCUCAUCUGUACCCUCCUGUUCCUGUCCACUGUGAUCCUGGCAAACAGAGUGUCUUCCCUCAAGCGAUCAAAGCAAGUGUACAAGCGGCAGACGAGAAGCAAUGGGGAUUUUCUGGCCACCAGCGGCCUGUGGCCUGCAGACUCUGACACGCUGAAAAGAGCAGAACAGCUCCAAGGGCCACGGCUGAUAAUGCAGGCCACGGGAACCCUCACUGCUCAGAGGGAAAGGAAGGAUGAUGGGGCAACUGAGAAACUCGCUCCCUGAGAGAGGGGCAAAGAGAAGGGAUCAAUAAAGUUGGGUGGGUGGUGAAGGAAGCAAUCCUGUAUUUGUGCUUCUGGUAGUCCAGAAACUAAUAGGACAAAGGUCAGACAGGAAGAAUGAAAGGGAAAAGUAUGUCUGCCCAGAGGACCAGUCAGAGGAUCUGGGUUCCAAUUCUGACUUUUCUUUUACUGGGUGGUCCUGGCCGAGUCAUUUGGCCUUUAUUAAGAGCCCCUAAUCGGGGAUCUAUUGAGUAAGAAUGUUUGGACCAUAAGGCCUAUGAUCCUAUUCAGUCACAUACUUUAAACCUGCACUUUUAUUAGGAACCUGAAGGUUUCAUAGGUUUCAUGGGAUAUUGGUCAAGAAGGCCAAAGAUCUUGGAAGGUUUUAUAAUAAGGCAGCAAAGAAUCCGGACACAAGAGAAAUGUUGUAAAGAGAUGGCACAAGACAGAGCAAGGGAAACAUUCACCCUCUUAGCAAGAGCAUUUGAUAGAAGCUCCAUCUUAACCUGGUCGGAAUAACUGAAAUUUGAUAGUUUAGUCCAUCCUCCUAACUAGUCACACGUUUCUAGCGGUUAACAGAAGCCAUCCAAGUCCUAACUCACUUACAGGCAUUCAGACUGACAUGGUACCGCCUUCCAUUUCAACAAAGCUGGUUCUAAGCCAGUGAUGUGUGGGACUUUCCAUGAUGUGCAAGAACUCAGAAAGCUUAUUAAAAAUACUAUUUUACCUGAUAAA